GAUCACUCGGCUCCGGCCGAGCGACGAUCUUGUGCAAUCAACAGAGAAAGGAGGAAGCCGAAUUAAAGGAGCGAUCGAUGCAGGACUGCGAUUGCCGGGGGUUCCUUCGUCACUCUGAGGUGCCUAAUCGCUGUGAAACUGUCAUAUCAUUCGCGAAUGGUUUUCUGAUAGAGGAAACGACACGAUAUAAUUGUCUGUCCGCGUCAAUACGGUUCAGUGUUUGCCGCGGAUUCGACGAAUAAUGAAAACCUGCCGGAAGCCGAUAGCCAUGGUGCUACUAUUGUUAAUCCACCUGCUGACGUUACAAAUCGGUGACGCAGGACACAACCUCACGAACGUUUCAAACGCCCAAAAUGACUCCAAAAUUAUUCUGGAGGAAGUGAUUAUUACCGGAAAUGGAAAUAACACUCGCAUACUCGCGAAUGCAGUAGCGGAAGACACGUCGAAGCUCGACGAUGACAUACUCUCACUUCUAUCUAAGCGCGAGAUACGAAGAAGAGAUUCGACGUUGACGAAUUCGGAUUUGGUCGAUCAGGAUGCGGCGCAAUCGCGCACCGCGAUCGUCAACGCGAACGAGGAGGACCAACUCGAGGCGGAUCUGGAAAUAAUGAGUCGCGUGAUCGAAAAGUACGAGCCGCAGAGACUCACGUCGAAGAAGUUCAAGAGAAAAAUCGUCGACGGCUCGAACCGUACUCGCGAUAUCCACGAUAAGGCCGCGGGGUCAGUAACAGAUCUCCAGAGGGAUUAUGCCGAGAUGUUGAGAAAUAUAUCACAGAAAACUACCGAAUUGUCGUUGAACAACGACGACUUGGCGCGGAAUUCCUAUUUGUCCCAGGCACUAAAGCAGCUCAAGCAAGUUUACAUUCCGGAAGUGACGAUCCGUUCGGUGACUAACGACGGAGCGAAGAAGCCGCAUUCCGAUACUGAUCCUUCCUACACGUCGCCGACUCUAAAAAACAAGAAGUCGAGAAAGUUACUUAAAAAAUAUCAUCAGUCGAAUCGCACCACCAUAACUCCUCGAUUCUGGUCGUCCGAGGAAUCAAGCUCUGACGAGGAAACUGCCGGCAGUAACGAAUCGAGCACGCCCGCGGGAUAUUUCAAGGUAUCCAGCGGAAAAACGAAGCCGAGGAACGGAUCAUUAUCUACAUCGCCAGCGUCCAAUUCUGGUCCAGCGGAAAGACUCAAAAGUCGCAAAUGGCAUAUUCAAUACCCCCCGAUUCAAUCGGUAUCGUCGUUUACUUUACGAUUGAACGACAGUAACGCCAAUAACAUCGAUGCAAACAAUUUAAAAAAUUUGAACGUUCCGAGUGAUGCAAACGCCGUACGGUUACCACCGAGGCAUAGCACAGUGCCGAGACCAUUUUCCGCAUUGCCAUCGCUCAAUUCGCCCGUUACCGCAAAUAUUGAUGCGUCAUACAGAAAACCGAUCGCCUCACCGAGGGGUUUCGGUCAGCAGCAGCAGCAGAUCGCCCGCUCCUCCGCGAACGUUCUACCGCUGGUUCUUCCAACGGAGCUUUUUAGUCCGCCUCCGGCGCGCCAUUACGUCCCGAUAAAGCGCGCGAAGCAUCUCAAUCUUGAGGGAAAUUCAGCAACGGUCGUCAGUACCGUGGCGAAUCCGCCGACGAGUCCCGCAAGGGAAAGAACUACCCUGGAUUACAAUGCUCUUUACACAGCCACUACGAGAAGUCCUCUGGUCACCGUUAAUGGCCAGCAGAGCUCGUCGGAUUACCACAGCAUUACGGAAAGCCCCGCGGUAACGACUGUUACGAAGACGAACUUCGCGACAACUUAUAUACCCAGUCAAACAUCCGCCUCAUACGUCGUACGGCAGCAGGAUGACUCUCAAGCCAUUCGCAAGGAGAACUUCUUACCUAGAGCCACCACUUACAACAGUCCCGUUGAUGAGAAAUCAAGUUUAAAUGAAAAUCUUGGAGUCGCGCUCUAUAACAAAUUCGCGAACUUGCAUUCAGCUGAUGUUCCUAAUAUAUUCAAUGCGCAGAAAGCAAUUGCGCAAGAUUUUAAGCAGCCGGUGCAGCCCACGCAACAGCAAGUUUCCACCCUUCCUUACGCAACUUUAAAACCUCUUACUUCGACGAGAGCCCGACCGAUUGCGUUCUCUAAGCCUGCGCCGUAUUACGAUGGCGUAUUACUCGUUUCGCAAGAUAUAGAUAGAAAACUUGGCGAGAAAAGCGAUGAUAACGUUCAAGCGAACGUGCGACCUCUAGUUAAAGACGAAGAUGAGGUUGAAGAAGAAGAUAAUGACGAUGAUGACGACGAUGAAAAUUAUAAAACUCGAGUUAAUCAGGAAACUAAUAUUUUUGAGACGCCGAAUAAACAACGCGAGAAAGAAGAUCGCAAAGAAGAGGAGGAAGAUCGUUAUCCGCAGCAGAGUCGUAAUUACGGAUAUCAAAAUAGAGAUUAUAAAUAUGAAAACGAUGAUAACAGUAAAAACGAUGAUGGGCGCAAGGAAUAUGAGAAGGCUCGGUACGAGAACGAUGAUGAUGAAGAGGAAGUCGAUGAAACGGAGGAGGAAGAACAUGUCAGUAUUGGAAAAAGUAAGGAUAAAGGCAAUGGUAAUCGUCAGUAUAAUAAGUAUAAAUAUAAUACCGAUCAUUCGGAUGAAAAACAACCUGAGAAAUCGCACUAUGAUAGCAAGAAAUACAACAAACCAAAAGAUCGUCACGAUAAACUAGACUAUGGAAGAGACGUUGAGCGUCGAUUUGAAAGUAACAACAAAUAUUUCGAAUCUCUUGGUAAUGAUGAUGAAACUCGCGAGCGGAACAACAAGUAUCGCGAACGCUCUGAUAAAAAGAAGAAAUUAGCGGGCGGACAAUACAAGAAAGAUCGACGAGAUCAUCAGUAUAGAGAAUCCGAAGAUGAGAGCAUUGCUGAAGACAAGCCAAUUGCUCAACGAGCUUCUAGACAAGAUGAAAGAUACGAACAGGAGCAAAACAAUAAUGAUAAGCGCAACUAUCGAAUCUCUCCACGAAGAGACUCGCUUCGAGAAGAUCACGCUCACGAGGAAUACGGAGAAUCGAAUCCUACGCACGCACGCGAGGAAUAUCAUCAGCUUGUUAAUAAUGAUCCUGGUAUCGACGAUAGUGGAGAUCAGGAUGAUGGUAAAGCGGAAGCGCGUGAUCACGUGCAUGGUGAGACUCAAGAACAUGCGCAUAAACACGAGGAACAUCACGAAAAGAAGAAACAUGGGGGAAAUCAUAAAUUUGACGAAGGUGGAGGUGCAGAACAUGAAGAGGAGCAUCAUGGACACAAGGCAGAAAAGGGCGAGAAGGGAUAUAAGGUUUGGCAUGAGCACGAAAAGGCCGACAAAGGGCAUCACAAUAAAGAACAUGCCAGCAAACAUUAUGAUGAGAAAGGCGGUGAGGAGAAGAAACAUGAGGAAGAAGGUGAAUAUCACGAGGAGCAUCAUCACGGUGAAGAGGGUAAGAAGGCAUCAGAAUUCGGCGAGAAAGGCGAACACAAGAAGGGUCACAGUACACACGGCAAACAUUCGGUGCACAAGAAGGACGAAUUCGAGAAGAAAACAGAGUUCUUCGACGAGUUCCACGAUGACGGUGACAUAGAAAAGCACGGUGAGCAUCAUCACGCUCACGAGUCGAAGAAAGGUGGUCACGAAAAGAAGGGCCAUCACGAUAUCGCGGACCACGAGGAGAAACACGGCAAAGAAGAGAAGCACGAGAAAGGCGGCCAUCAUCACGAGCACAAGGGCCACAAGGAUGAAGAAGGUCACGAUCAUCAUUACGAUAACGAUCAUAAGUACGGCAAUAAGUACGGCAAGAAAGAGGGGCACGAACACGGGAAAAAAUGGAGCUUCAAGAAGGGUGACGACGGCGGAGACGCGGGUGGCGGUCACAAGCACAAUCGCUGAAGCGAAAGACGCUGUGAUCGCGGGGAGAGAGUAGUGUAACUUUGCGAUUAUCGCGAUCGUUACCAUACUUUGAUACCGCGGUACUUUCGGACUAGAUCAAUGUUGCGUUGAUUAACGUUGAUAUCGAUCGCGUAUAAUCGAUAUGUUAUGUAUUAUUUUAGAGAGCGGUUUACCCGCACGGUCCUUGUUACCUAUAUUGAUCACCUACAAUUGAGAUAUGACAUAUUAUGCGCUUUAGCUUACGCUGUUAUAUCUAGCUCCGGUUAAGCAAGAGUGAGUAAUUGAAAUGUCACAGCGAGCAUUAAUUCAGGCGGAAGUAACCGAUUGUCCUCUGCGAGUUGAACCUUCUGCAGAUCCAGAAAACUCGCGCAGGCUGUCGUGGAUAAAUUUAUUUUUCCUGUUCAAUGGAAAUUUACUCGUACGUGGCUCGAACAUCGUCUCGCGACGUAAUGAAAGGAAAGAUGAGAGAUUGAUUUGAAAGUCGCAGUUAAGGUAUCGUUAUCUAGAAAAUAAGAUUUUUAAUGUUCUAUUACAUUGUCGUUCACAACUUCGGAAAUACUUGCAAUUUUUUUGCAUUUUUUACUUAACGAAAAGUUAAGUAAAAAAUGUCUUCAAGAAAUUUAUGCAAAACGACUAUUAUAAGAAAAAUGUUUUUCUUUUAUCUCUUACAUUUUUUAGAGAUGAAUUUCUAGGAAAAACGAUGUCAUUGAGAAAAUUUAUCGUAACAUUAAAGAAACAUUUGAAAGUAGAAAGCCUAUCUUAAAAUACUUUUCUUAUUGAUUUUUGUUUAAUGAUAUUUCGUUAAAACAAAUUAGUAACUCUAUUUCUCCUCUUUAAAAUGCGUUCUUAAAAACUUCUUUAUCUUCGAUUUACCGAGAUACUUAACUUUUCACGAAAUGUAACAAAACCGCAAGUGUGUCCAAAUUUAUGAAUGCUGGAGUAUAUUAUUUGUUAGU